GACUCAUUGUGUCUUUCUAGGCGUCGGGAGGGCCUGCGUUCUCGUCCUUCCUCCUCUCCUAUCACCCGUCUCCACGGGUCAGCGCUCCCUCCCUUGUCACCUAGCCCAGAGCUGCCCCUGGUCCUCGGAGCAGUGCAGAAAAAAAAAACCCUCAAAUAUCUACAGUGUCAGUCUACCUCACAGAUUCCAUCAGAGUGAGGAAGAACUCAGAACCUGAAUGAUGACUGCAGAAUCCAGGGACGCUGCAGUCAUGGCCCCUCAGGCUAUACAAGAUAAAGAGGGACUUGUGAUUGUAAAGGUGGAAGAGGAAGAUGAAGAAGAACACCUCUGGGGCCAAGAUUCUAGCCUGCAAAGAAGUAAUAGCCCUUCUGAUCCAGAGAUUUUCCGACAACGCUUCAGGCAGUUCUGCUACCAGGAUACUUCUGGGCCUCGAGAGGCCCUUUGUCGCCUACGGGAACUUUGCCAUCAGUGGCUAAGGCCAGAGAUGAAUACAAAAGAGCAGAUCCUGGAACUACUGGUGCUGGAGCAAUUCUUGGCUGUCUUGCCCAGAGAGAUCCAGACUUGGUUGCAGGAGUACCGUCCUGAUUGUGGAGAGGAAGCAGUGACACUGUUGGAGGAUCUUGAGCUUGAUUUAUCAGGACAGCAGGUACCAAUCCGUGUACAUGGACAUGAAAUGCUGUCCCGGGAGAUGGUACCACUGGGAGCAGCACACGGAUCUUCAAGCUUUGAAUUCCAGCAUCGGACACCCCAGAUGAAGCAUGUAACACGAAAGCCAGGUCUUUUACAACAGAGUGUUCCUUUUUCCUGUCAGCUUACCCUGCUUCCCAGUUCCUGUUUCCAUGAGAGGAAUCCUAGAGACCAGGCAGUGGCCUCUGCACUAUUCACAACAGAUUCCCAGGCAUUGGUAAAAAUCGAGGACAUGGCUGUGUCUCUCAUCCUGGAGGAAUGGGGAUGUCAGAACCUGGCUCGGAGAAACCUCUGUAGAGACAACAGACAAGAGAAUUAUGGGAACAUGUUUUCCCAGGGUUGUGGAAGCAGGACAACCAAUGAGGAGUCAACUUCAAAGGAAGAUAUUUCAGAAGCAACAGGAUCUCAUGGGGAAAUAUCUGGAAAAUUCCAAAGGGAAUUUGGAGAAACAUGUGAACAGGAAAGCAGGUUAGAAAAACAACAGAGAAACUUAGAUGAGAAACUGAGACUAGAAAAGACAGAGUUUAGACAGAUGACAGUUAAGGACAAGAAAACACCCACAGGGGAGCGAGGCCAUCGAGAGAAAGGCAAAGGAUUGGGGAGAAGUUUCAGUCUGAGUUCAAACCUUGUUACACAGGAAGAAGUUCCUACAGGAACAAAGUCCCAUAAAUGUGAUGAAUGUGGCAAGUGCUUUACAAGGAGUUCCAGUCUUAUUCGACAUCGGAUAAUUCACACUGGAGAGAAGCCCUAUGAAUGUAAUGAGUGUGGGAAAGCAUUCAGUCUUAACUCAAACCUCAUUCUUCAUCAGAGAAUCCACACUGGAGAGAAACCCCAUGAAUGUAAUGAGUGUGGCAAAGCUUUUAGUCAUAGCUCAAAUCUUAUACUACAUCAGAGAAUCCACUCUGGAGAAAAACCUUAUGAAUGUAAUGAAUGUGGUAAAGCCUUUAGUCAGAGCUCAGACCUUACCAAACAUCAGAGAAUCCACACUGGAGAGAAACCCUAUGAAUGUAAUGAAUGUGGCAAAGCUUUCAACCGGAAUUCAUACCUUAUUCUUCAUCGGAGAAUUCAUACCAGAGAAAAACCAUAUAAGUGUAAUAAGUGUGGGAAAGCCUUUACCCGGAGCUCAACUCUUACCCUACAUCACAGAAUUCAUAACAGAGAGAGAGCCUCUGAUUACAGCUCCACCUCACUAGAUGCAUUUGGUGCAUUCCUGAAAAGCUGUGUAUAAAAUGAAAUUUCCCAUUAACUUCCAUAAUUUCAAAGAUGUGUGCCCAUGGGAAAAAUAUUUGGCCUUUAAUGUAUAAUCAAAUCACACUUAAAAAGUACAUCAAAGAGCAGUCCUGUCUUUGUCAGUAUAAUCUGUGGGCAUUUAAUUCUCCGAUAUAACCCUCUGCAAGAAAAGUUAGUCAAAUAGAUGAUCUUAAUUAAGAAUAUAUGCACACAUUAAAGUAAACAUCAGACUUUUGGGAAUGAGGGCACUCACAAGAAGCUAGUCAAACCUGUUGAUACAAGAGAUCCCUGUCUGCAGCCACCAAGGUAAUCAUUGAAAUCCACCAAGCUUGAGAUUUGUAUCCCCAGUGCCUAGCACAGUGCCUGGCACAUAGUAAGUGCUUAAUGGAUACUUGUUGAUUAUUAAUUGGCUAAAACUGAGAUUGAGGCUUUUUUUUUUCCUGCAGAACAAGCAAUGCUUGCCCAACAUCUUUUUAUACAUCAUGACCCACAGAAGGAUACUUAUGAAAUCCUGGGGUGGGGCAUGCUGCUAAAACUAGAACAUAAGUAAUCAAAGGUGGAAUGCCAAAGCUGAAGAGAUCUAAGGCUAUGCAGAUCAAAACCAAACCAAAGACUGAAGAGUAUGGAUGGAUGACUCAACUCAUAGCUCCCCAUAGGAAUAUAGUUGACUCCAUCCUCAUCACAGAGAAAUUCUAUAGAAAUGACAAUACUUCUUUCCCUUUUCUCUUAUAAUGUUCCUGUAGUCUCAUAUACAAGUUAGCUUUUGAUUGUAUACUGUCUUUUAAUAGUCUCAUGAAUGUAGUAAAUCUUAUCUCCCCAACAAGAUUCUAAGGAACUGAUCUCCUACCUAAUAGCCUUAGUAAGAACGGAUAGGGGAUUAUUGUUUAAUGACAUCGUUUUGUUCCUUGCUAAAUGAGUGCUCACUGACUUCUUAAUAGGCCUCCCACACUGAAGCAGGAGCCCUGCUAAAGUAGAACAACCUAGCAUAACUGCAGAAACUGCCACUUGUUGCCAUGUAAAAUUCUAAAACUCUGUAGAAUGCUAUUCUCCCUGAGCUCUUUAAGCAUAAAAGGAAGGCACUGCUUAAAUGCCUACUUAAAAUAUUUUUAAAUAUAUAAGGUGUUGGCUAAGUGCCAUGAGAUCAGAGGCAUCAUUAUCACCUUUAAGAAGUUAAUUGAAGCAGUGACUUUGACUGUAACCCUUUGGUUGCUAUCACUGGUAAGGUCCUAGCCAGAAUUCUCCCAUAUUUGCUUUUGAACAGGCCAAUUGGGUGCCAUCCAGAUGUGGUCAGACAAGUGGGACCAUCACCUGUGUACUGAAUGCUCUGCCUCUCACUGAAGCCUGAGAUCGUAUCAGCUUUUCUGUUGCUGUGUCACACUGCCUAUCAUAUUUAGCUUUCAGUUCUCUACAACCCCAGAUCUUUUUCAGACAAACUACCAUCUUAAGUCACAUUUUUCUCAUGUUGUGCUUGUUAAGCUAAUUUUUUUAACCCAAUUGUAAGACUUUAUAUUUAUCUCUAUUAAAUUUCUUAAUAGAUUUAUGAGAGGCAGUGUGACAUAAUGGAUAGAAAGUUGGCCUUGGCCAGGAUUACCUAGGUUCAAGUCCUGUCUCUGACACAUACUGGUUGUAUGGGCAAGUGACCUACAUUCUCAAUGCUCUAGGUAGUUCUCCAAGACUAUAAGUUGCAACCUGUAUUGCCAGAGGAAGUUAGUCACCAGUAGCUCCAGUCCCUAUCCUUAAUAUAUUUGGCUCAUCAUAAUAGCUUUGUAGAAAUGUUUUGUUGCAGCUUUGUGUAAUUUACAAAUUUGGAAAGUAUGCCAUUUUUACCCUUUAUUGAAGUCACUAAAAAAAGUAAAAUAACAGAAAACUAAGACUGGAUCUUUGAGGUUAAUUCUAGGUACUUCCUUUCCUGAACAAUGACCCAUUAAUAAGUUUUCUUUGUGUCUGGUCAUUCAGCAAGUUCUGAAUUCACUUAACUGUACCAUUAACUGGUCUGUAUCUUUCCACCUUCACCACAAAGUUAGCAUGAGAAGAUUCGUCAUAUGUUCUGCUAGUCUAGAUAAACUAUGUAGUAUUUCACUCAUCUGAUAGUACAUUCCUUGAAACAGGUAAGAAAAACCACCUUAAUAGCAUGUUUGGCAUGACCUAUUCUUGGUGGAGUCAUAGUAACUUAGUGAUCAUUGCCUCUUUUCUUCAUUGUGUGAUAGAAUUUUGCCAGGAAUUGGGUUAGUUCACCAGCCUGUACCUUGCAGAUUUCCUUUCCCUCCUUCCGGAAAAUAUAGACAAAUCUGUUCUUUGUAAUCUUUCAGAAACUGAAAAUGGCCCAGUAAUCACGUCUUCUAGUUCUUUUCAAUACCUAGACCUAGUGACUUGAACUUAAGAGUAGCUGGGUGCUUUCACUGUCUUCUUAUUUUGAGUUUUAACUUUCUUUUAACCAUUUUUUGAGACUUCCUUUCUGGUACAAGAAUUAUUCUUAGCCAAGAAAACAGAAACAAAAUAAGAAUUAAAUCUGCCUUUAUCAUCUCCAUAGAUUCCUGAUCGUGGGACCCUACUGUGGUCCUAUCCCUUUGGUCUUUACACUCUUCUCAUCAUAGUAAACAAAAAAAAACCCAACUUUUUUUUGUCCUUACUAUUCAUCAACAACUAAACCUCAUUCUGAGCUUUAGGAUUCUUGACUCUAUUCUUAAAAGACUGUUAUUAUCUUUUAUCUGCUUUUGGUUCCCUCUUCUAUAUAUGUCCUUUCCAAAAAUUCAUUGAUGUGCAUUCUCUUUAAAUCAGUCCCCCUUUUCUUCCUCACUGAAAUUGUUUAUGUCUUUAGGAUUUAAUACUUGGGAACUGACUUCCUCUCUAGAAUUUUAGACCAUAAGAUCCCACCUAAUCUUUCUGUUCUUUGGAGCUUUUAUGCCUUAAUUUUCCCUUCUAUUAUCACAAAUUCUAAAUGGAGUAGUCAUUUCUCCAUAAGGUUUCUACUUCAACAACCUUCAGCUUCCUUUAUUGUCCAGGAUCAGAUCCAUUCUAAGAGUUCUUCCACCUUUUGGAAGAAUGAAAUUAUCAAGUUUAUUGUUAUUGUUUUUGAGCUAUCCAUGCUUCAGAAUACAAAUAGGAAUUUUUUUAAAAACUAGCAGGUGGACACUUUCAUGUCAGCAAAUCAUAAGUUAUGGGAAAAGUCAUCAAGAGCAUGAAGAGCUAUUGAUGGUUGCCCUUUAACUGGACAUGGAAAAUGACAUAAACGGACUGCAUCACACAAUCUGCAUAGCACACACUUGCCAAGAUGUACAAGGCUACAGCAUGGAAAUGCUACAUACAGUAUGAGAAUCUAACUGGAGAAAUAACUGAAAGCUAUAACUGAAUUCUACAAAACUUCAUAUUAUCCAAGAAUUCACUGAACACAACCAAGAAGUUGGAAAGUAAAUUGAAAAUGACAGCAGGGUUUUCAUGAGAGGCUGAAAGUCAGGCAUUAAUAUAGUGCCAAAUUCCACACCAAAUAAAAUUCAGUUUCUGUAGAGCUUCUUUUUCUAUCUAUUGUGGCUUUGAGUCCUGGACCAAUUUCUUGAGCUGAGUUAAUAAUGACAUCUGUGGGCAAUCUUGUCCUGAACCUGUUUAGCAGGACCAGAUCAUCAUUAACCAAGUCCAUGAAUGUCUUCAUUAUAAUAGAAAAAAGUAAUGUUUAAUACAGCUGAGCUGGACACCUAAGAACAGGAUACCUAGGUGGCAAUUUUAUAGAAUACCUGAAGUCAAGAUUCAGGAAAAGGGAAAAGAAGAGAUGCUUUUAAGAAUCCACUGAAGUAGAGCCUCCUGAAGAGCCUCCUAUCCAUAAUUAUGGGUAGAUGGGUGAUAACUACAGUUCACAAACCAAACUGAUAAUCCAGAAGGUUUGGAAUUGCUUUUUUGAGCACAGACUGGAUAAUCCUGUAUUUUGGGAUGCUGUAGCAAUAACAGUACCAAGUUAAUCAGAAAUUUCAGCUACAUACUAAUUAGAACAGAUUCCCAGUAUGAAUAGUGUAGAAAGAAAGGACUUUAUAAUUCUCACAUUGGUCUUUUCAGCUAUAUAGCCAUACCCUCAUCUUCAAAAUUUAAAUACUAUUAUAAUUGAGCCCAGUUAAUUCCCAUUUUGUUGAGACUUCUCACAAAAUUGGAUUUGUCCCACUGGCUCAACAGUUGCCCCAGAUAUAACAAAACUGAUUAAGUAGAAGAAGAACCACAUGGAGAGAUGCUUUUUCUAAAGGUAUUGCUGAUCUUAGCCACUGAUUAAAACAAUGCCAUAGGCAUUAGUUCAUCAGUGUAGUUACAUCAUAAUCUAAUGGUGUUGUUAAAAGGCUAAAGGACUCCCUUUCAGCACCAAAGUGUUAUUCUGGAGUAACUAUCUAGUCAAUUUACCUUAAAGCACUAUAUAAAUAUUCAGUAAGGUUGUGUAUGUAGUUGACCCCAUGAAAUUAUUUGAAGGGUUUUGUUCUGUUUUGCUCCAGUUCUGCCAGGAAGAAGAAGGAAAAGAAAAUCUUCAAUUUGCUAGUAGUUUGAAGUUGUGUUUUCCCUCCAGUCUGGCAGAAAGCUAGAAUCCAGGAAAUAAAUAUGCAAGAUCUAGAUAUGUAGUACACUUAUAUAUUUUGAUAAAUGAAUUAAGGGAACCUGCUAGAUGAAUAUAUACAGAGAUAAAGAAAUUUGAGAUGGGUGUUGAAGUUGAUACAUUUAUCUUACAUAAUUCCUUCUGGAGAGAGAAACCCUCUAAAUGUGAAAAAUGUGACAAACAUCUGAACCCUUGGACUGCUACUAACCCUAUACAGUCUUUAUUAGUCUUUAAAGUUUGCACCUCUCUUUAACCAGAAAACGAUUUUAUCCAGAUAAUAGCAAUUAACAAUAAGCCACCUUUAGAAAACUCAAAACAUACCUAAAAGAAGGCUGCUUCUAGUCCCUCUCUCUCUCUCUCUCUCUCUCUCUCUCUCUCUCUCUCUCUCUGCAUAUAUAUAAAAUAUGCAGUCCUUUCUUUGGUAUGAUAGAUUUAAUUGGAUUAAAUAAGGCUUUGGAGAAAAAGAUUGUCAUAGCAAAUAAAUUAAUACUAUAAAGGUGAAACAUACAUAACUGAAAUUUGAGACAACCGAUCUAAAGCAUUUACUUAAUUUGACAGCAGGGAAUGCAGGUUCCUUUCAAAAAGUGUGGCUUAAUGAAUUUAGAAACCUUGUAGGGGGAGCUAAACUUAACUCCAAAGUAUUAAUAAGUGAAUGAGACCAUAAGGAAAUAACAAAUUGUAGAACUUUUUAAAAAUUGCAAAUAUCCAGUGUUGUCUGUAUGUUACGUGUAACCAAAAUGCCAUUAUUUGUUUUGUUCUUCCAUUCCUUAUCCUGUAAGCCCAUUGGGGUCAUGGUAUGUGUGUUGUUUCUUGUUUAAAAAUUUCUGUUAAGAGGUUAACAUUCUCUUUUUACCAUACCUUGUUCCCCCAUAUUUUUAAAAAAGAAGAGGUUUGGAGCAGUGAAGAAGAAAUCAAUGUAGUUGUAGACAGUAAGAUGUAACACUCCAUGGAGGUUGUUGUUGAUUCAUUUUUCAGUCAUGUCUGACUCUUCAUGACCUCAUGUGGGGUUUUCUUGGCAAAGAGACUGGAGUGCUUUGCCAUUUCUUUCUCCAGCUCAUUUUACAAAUAAAGAACUGAGGCAAACGGGGUUAAGUGACUUGCCCAGGGUCACACAGCUAGUAAAUGUCUGAGGUCAGAUUUGAACUCAUGAAGAUAAGUGUUCCUGACUCCAUGUCUGGCACUCUAUCCACUGUGCCACCCAGCUAUCCACCCAGCUGUUUCUCCAUGAAGGUAAAGAAAUUAAAAUAAGUAAAGAACUUCAUUGUAUUUGGUGUCAGUCAAGUUAGGGAGACUGAUAAGCUCUAUAGAAUAGCCAGUUUUAACUGUUAACUGUUUAAAUGUUAGUGGUUUCUUUGUGUCUCAGCAGAGGCUGGGAAAGGAAGUAUGUCCUUUGAUGGCAUGGGAGAAGGUCAGAAAAUAAAGAUCAGGAAAAAUGAAACUGAAAGGAGGCAGUGCAUUGGGUCCACCUAACCUGCCCUUAUUCCAUGACAUACUAGUCCACAAUUUCGUAUUUCUGCUUAGACAUUUUGGAUAGAUGAAGACAUGGGCCUCAUGCAGCUGCCAUCAGACUUAGAGAAGGCUUUGAAAGUUACUUUGCAAGGUUUUCUUAUGGACAAUAGCCUCUGCAUAUUGAGAAUGAACAGGAAAAGGUAUUAAGAGGGUUAGAUAUGUAAGAUUUAUCUUGUUUUCCUGGCUAUUUACUUAAUAACAUUUUAGGAUUAGUCAUUAUAACAGCCAAUCAAGCAGGAGUCUGUUAGCUACUCAAACCUCAGUGAGCUGUUUGUUCUUAGGCAAACUUAAAAGAGACUUGGUUUAUAAACUAAAGUAAGAAUUUUCAUUUUCAUUAGUGUCUGCCUUUGCUAGAGAAACCACAUUUUGAUAUUUCCCAAGUUUUGUCUUAAGCAGAAUAGGUUUGUGAAAGGGUUGGGAAAGCAUUUUCUACUUCAGAAAAAUUAAAAUCAACUUUGCAAAAUGACUAGAAUGAGAAGGAAAAAAUUGGAUACCCCUUAAAGGGAUGUUUACAUCCAGGGUCUCUCAAUGGCUUUUGAUUUGUCACUCAAUUUAGUCAUUUUCAUUCUUGUGUGUUUUAGUUGGACAUACUUUUUAGUUCUUCCCAAGCAAUAAGUAUAGAAAAUAUCUCUACUAGCAAUGAUUUGACAAUUUUCUGCUAUAUUUGAAAACUAAAUCUGUUUUCAUUUAUCAGAGUUAAAGUACAUAUUUGUAAUUUUUUGCCCAAUUUACAAAUUUAUCAGCUCAAAGCAAGUUAAAAUAAUUUAAAGCAGGUUUGUAUAAUCUGCUUUUUUUCUUCAACAACAAACACACACAACUAUUCAACUCAUUGUAUGACCUUGGGCAAAUUGUUUAAUCUGAUUUUCUUCAUCUGUAAAAUGAAGGAAUUGAAAUAGAUGAUCUGAAGCUCCAUUUGUUCUCAAGUAAGGAGAGGGAAGUUGGAGAGGGCCAGCAUCUGAGCUCUGUUGGCAACCCUCUACAAAAUCUCCAUGAUUUUUUGACUUUUGCCUCUGUAAUGGUUACAAUGAUAACGUUCACUGGUCUCUAGACAAAAUAUUUUUUUUUCCUUUCUGCAGUUACUCACUGCUUAUCACCCUUGUAUUGACUCUCAAGUCUGAACCUCAGUCACUUUUGGAUCCAGAAAAGUAGCCAGGCAGCUGGUGCAGCACCAAUUCACUAAUGACAUCUUUUCAGAAGGGUGGAGAUGGAUCUGAGGAGCAAUAGCCCUGUACUCUGAAUUUAAGGGAGAAAUAGAGAUGAAACUCAAGGGCAGUUUGGGAGGAGGUAGAGGAAUGAAUGUAAGCAUUUUAAAUUUUAAACAUUUAACUUGUCUUCCACCCUAGUUAGUUACAGGCAGCCAGAUGUUUUUAAAAUGUCGACCUUUAUUCUGGCAAAAGCCAAAAUGUUUCUCACGGAGAAUCUUUUGCAGUUAGUGGUUAUUCCUCUUUCAAAACAAAAGAAUAGGAUGAGGAAAGGGGGGAGGGGUGAAUUAAAAUUCUUGCUUUUCUUAGAUAUGUGUGAGGGUUAGGGUGGGAAUAUACAGUUAGGAUUCAGUAAUUAUUUUAAAUAAGUUUAUUUUAGGCAUAAACUUUAAACUUAGUCAACAAUGGGAAACCUAAUAUAUUGAUUUAUGUGGUUAAUUCAGACUUUUAUUUUAAUUUGUAUGCUUAGAUAAAAUUUUUCUGCUUUUUCAAUCCCCAAUUUUGCAGUUUAGACUAAAUUAAUCCAAAGUAAGAAAGACUUUAAUCUACAGAAGCUACAGUAGUGUCUAAAGAAUGCAGGUGCUUAAUAUGUACUUAAUAUUAGUUCACUGAUGUGAGUUUCUUUAAAUCUGCAUGAUUGCUAAUAUUUCAGCACUUCUCCAUGAAGUAAAUGGUAAUAAGAUUAUGAUUUGUAACUAAUGAUCUAUGUUGGGGAGGAAAGGUUCUGAUUUUUGAAAAUGAAAUAUGGUGGUAAGGUUGUGUAUGGAGGUUAUGAGGAUUGUAUUUUUUUUUUCCUUUUUAUGUUACUUGGGUCAUGGUCAAUCAAAUGUAAUAAAUAUUCCACCUGUAGAUGACAACA